AUGACCGCUUUCGGCAAACUUCCUGCUCGCUCUCUGGGUAACAAUGGCCCACUCAUUCCGCGAAUCGGCCUCGGACUCAUGGGUGCCAGUGGCACUUAUGGUCAACCCCUCCCAGAAACCGAACAUCUGAAAUUUUUGGACGAGGCAUACAAAAGGGGUGAGACCUUCUGGGAUACCGCCGACAAAUACGAUGAUUCCGAAAGCGUUCUGGGCAAAUGGUUCGCCCAGAACCCCGACAAGCGGAAGGAUAUCUUCCUAGCCACCAAGUUCGGCAUUUGCACAAACCCCGAAGCCAAAGACGGCAUGAAGAAUUGGAUGGAUUCCAGUCCGGAAUACUGUCGGAUCGCGAUUGAGAAGUCAUUGAAGCGCCUCGGACUGCCAUAUGUGGACCUGUACUACGUCCAUCGCUUGGACAAGGUCACCCCUAUUGAGAAGACCAUCGAAGCCAUGGUCGCGCUCAAGCAGGAGGGCAAGAUCAAAUACCUGGGGCUGAGCGAGUGCAGUGCGGAUUCGCUCCGUCGGGCCCAUGCAGUGCACCCCAUAUCGUGUGUGCAGGUAGAAUACAGUGUCUUCUGUAGGGAUAUCGAGUCCCCUCAGGUGCAAUUGCUGCAGACUGCUCGCGAGCUGGGCGUCGCUAUCGUUGCGUAUAGUCCGCUCGGCAAUGGGAUCCUCAGCGGAGCGAUUCGGUCGCUGGAGGACGUCAGAAAGCCCGGGGAUGUCAGAGGCGUGCUUCCCUGGCUUAGAAAAGGGAAUAUCGAGAAGAAUGUGGCUGUGGUGGAUCAGCUGACUGAGAUCGCUAAGGCGAAGGGUAUGACCACGGCACAGCUGGCGCUGGGGUGGUUGUUCGCUCAGGGGGACGAUGUCUUUGCGAUUCCAGGAACAAGCAAGAUUCAUCGACUGGAGGAGAACUUGGCCAGUUUGUCUUUCCAAUUGUCGGAGGAAGAAGAACAGUCAAUUCGGCAGAUCGCCCAAUAUGUCGCGGGUGGGCGCUUUCAGGCCUUGACUGGUUUUGCCUUUGCCGAUACCCCACAAUUGUGA